AUGAGUAAUCGUAAGACACAUGGAAAUAAAUAAAAUAGAAUCUCCUUAGGUGAGAUUGAUGAAAUGUUUAAUGACAGUGAAUUCUGUUAAGCAGUUAAGGAUACAUUUAAGAAAUAAUCAAGUACUGUUCGUCAUGAUGGACCAAUAUAAACAACAAAUAUGUUUUAUUAGAAACCAACGAUAUCUUAGAUUAUGAGAUUGAGAGCAAAAGGAUCUCAUACAGGAACAAGAUGUCCUUCAUUAAAGAAAGAAGAACGCAAAACUAGAUGGGCUAGUUUAAUUAGUGAAGGUAGAACAGAACAUCAUAAAAGAUUACCAUCUGAUGUAGAAAAUAUUCCAAUAUGUGUUUAAUAUGAAUAGUAUAGUUAUUUAUGUAGAGAACAUGAAUCUUUGAUUACAAAUCUGACUGAAUUACCUCAAUCUAUCAAAAUGAUGCUUUAUUCUAAUAUGUAUGAAGUUUAAAGAGCUAAAAUGUGUGAAUAAAAAAGCAUUCUAGAUGAUAAAUUCAUAUUUACACUUUUUAAUACUUUAUAAUAGUUGGAUAAAUAAAUUAUAGAACCAUUACACUCACAAACUAGACCUGUUCUCAAUUUUAAAAUGCAUUUUGUUUAAAAUGCUGUUAAUAUAGUCUCUGAAACUAUCGUCUAGAGUGUACGAGAAGCAUUAAGACAUGAUACAAGAUUAGGAAUAUUCUUAGAAGGUUUCUGUAAAUUUUGGAUGGUCUUAAUUGAUAUCUAAUUGUAAUGGAUGGGUAAAAGUUGUGCUGAUUAUAUUGAAGCUUAAGUCAAAGAAUUUAAAGAAUAAUUUAAAGAAGCUGUAGCAUAAAAAAUUAAAGUUGAAGAUUAGAUGAUCUUGAUGGAUAAAGAAUUCAAAGCCAUGGAAGCAUAAUACAUUCGUAAACAUGAAUACUUAUAAUAACAGUUAUUAUCAGUUUAAUAAGAAUUUUAAGAUUAUGUUGUAGCAGUUCAAUAAAUGAGUGAUCUCAGAAUUGCAGAAGAAAGGAUGAAUUCAGUUGGAUUGAAGGCUUUAGAAUUAGAAAGCAUGUUCAAAUAAUAUGAUAAAGUAGUAUCUCAACAUUCCUUUGUAUUUUAAAAAGAUAUAAAAGAAUUAGGAAGUGCUUUAAUAUAAUAAAAGAAAUAAAAUCACCCUCUUCCAAUGAAACAUUAAGAAGCAUAAAUUCGAUUAGGAUGUCCUAAAUUAUAAGAAGAGAAUUACUAAUUGAACUAAUUAAAUUCUAUUGGUAUAUUUAUGUAAGUUCAUCCCUUUUAAAUUCUAUUUGAAAUUAAUAAAGAAUUAGAAAUGGAUUAUCCAAUGCUAUUAUGUAACUUCUUUGAUUACUUAAAUCAAAUUGGAGAUUUUCUCUCAAAUGUAUGCAAAAUAUUCAUUGACUGGGUAGGAGAAGACGAUAAACUCAAUGCUAUUCUAACCUAUUUUAGUGAAUGCGAUCUCGAUUAACCAAUUAAUUUAUUUUAUGCCAUCAUUUUUGGAAUUCGGGAACAUCGUUAAUUAAGUUCUAUUUCUCUCAAAAAAUUACUCAAAUAUUACAAAGAAUUAUAAGAGUAACAUGAUUAUCAAUUAAAUGAAUGUUUUAAUAUAAAGGAAGCAUCUCCAUAUUUUUAAUUAUUAUUUUCAGAAGAAUUUAAUGAAAAAAUUACUAAUACUUAAAAAUCAUAAAUGACUCUAUUAGAACUAUUAUUAAUGUUAGCUUAACAUUUUCUCAUGAUUGAAAAUAAAUAAUGGACAGGAUGGUUAUACAAAUAAGAAAUUGAUUCUGAAGAUUUGGAUAUGAAUGUGGUAUUGUAUUAUUAUUUAAAUUAUAAUAAAGAUCAAAUAAUUCAUAGAAUUACGUAACCAAUUGAAUCGUCCACUUGAAGAUACCCUAAAAUUAGUGAGAUAACUCUCUUUAAUCCAUCCUGGCUUAUUUUAUAAGAGUAAGUAAGCUCCAUUAGAGAGAAUGAAAGCAUCAGUGCGUAAAGUGUAAAGAAAAAACUCCCAACGAUCUCCUCUCAAGAGAUCAAGUAUUACUUUGAUUAAAGCUAUAAGUAUAAAAAAGUGAUAUAAUAAUUAUAUAAAAUGGGUAAAAUGUUGAAUCAAGAUAAAGAUAAAUUAAUUCGUUAAAAACAUUCGACACUUUAAACACUAAAUAGGACAUAGGUAUUCAUUAUACAUUACUGUUUGAAAAUAAACUAUUUCAGACUUUGAUGAUAAAUAUAUAUAUUGGCAUUAACCAAACCUUUUCCUCUAAAACUUCACUUAAUGAAAAAACAAAUUACACAUUCAUACUUUCAAAUACAUACUUUCUAUUUACAUUAUCUAAUUGA